AUGACUAAGCACAAACUCACCCUCUUCGUCGAUAUCAUCAGUCCAUUCGGCUACAUCGCCUUCUACGUCACCAAGAACUCGCCCAUCUUCAAGCAAUGCGACAUCACCUACGUCCCCAUCCUCCUAGGCGGAGUGAUGAAAGCAACCAACAACCGUCCCCCCCUCGAGAUUAAAAACAAAGACGUCUGGAUAGCCAAAGAGCGCAAGCGCUACAUCAAAGCCUUCUCCAUCCCCUCCCUACCCGACACCCCGCAACCCUUCCCGCAAUCCACCGUCACCGCCCAACGCGCCCUGUGCGCCAUCGAGCUCCACCGCCCGGACAAACUCGUCGAAGCCAUCGCCGCGCUCUACCACAUCUUCUUCGUCGAGGGGAAGCCGAUUUCCAAGGCCGAGACCGUGGCCGAGGCGCUGAAGGGUGUGCUGGGUGAGGCCGGGGCGAAGGAGAUUAUGGGCAAGGUGGGGGAUGCGGAGGUCAAGCAGCAGCUGCAGGCGAAUUCGAAUAAGGCGAUUGAGGCGGGGGCGUUUGGGUUGCCUUGGUUUGUGGCGACGAAUGCGCAGGGGGAGACGGAGGGGUUUUGGGGCGUUGAUAAAUUGGGGCAGCUGGUGGAGCAUCUUGGUUUGGAGAGAAAUGGCGAGCCGGGUCUGCGUGCGCUGUUGUGA